AGCCAAGUUUCUCUCUGGCUCAACAGGUUGCCGCCGCCGCCGCUGCCCCUGCUCUCCUCGGUGUCUGGAAUCUAGGCGCGGCUCUCUCCUCCCUGCCAGGAGAUUAAAAGGCGCCCAACUCCUAAAAGCGGCCUCGCGCGCGCGCACCGGCCCAGUCCAAGGGAGCUUCUCCUCCUCCUUCUCCUCUCCGCUUUUUUCCUCUUUUGCACAACAUGGUUCGCUGCGGCUUGGCCUGCUGGAGGUGCCGGUGGCUCCUGCCCCUUCUCUUGGGCUUAGCUAUCAUCUUGGGCAUCAUCGCCUUGUCUGGCAGGGGGUGGCUCGAGUCUGCCGAAGAGCCUUAUGUGCGCAAAGCCUCUCUCUGGUCGGACUGCCAGAAAACGAGCGAAAAUGAUUUGAACUGGGAGUGCAGAUCCCUGAUGGAUUAUAGUUGGGGAAGAGCUUCUGCUGCUACAUAUCUUGUUGGCUUUGUCAUCCUCUGCAUCUGUUUCUGCCUAGCAGUCAUAGCCUUUUCCAUUGAUAUACUACGGUUCAACUUUGUUCGAGGCAUUGGAGGUUUGCUCUUCGUCGUUGCUGCUUUCCAAAUUAUAGGUCUGGUCAUCUAUCCAGUGAUGUUUGUGGAGGACAUUCAAUUGACGGGAAGCAACAUGUUCAGCUGGGCUUAUGGCUUUGGUUGGGCAAGCACGGUGAUUGUGAUAGGCUGUGCCUUCUUUUUCUGCUGCCUCCCCAACUGGGAAGAUGAAGUCCUGGGCAACAUCAAACCCUACCCCAUCUACAGCAGUGGCGAACGCGUUUGAUACAGAGUUAGUAGGAAAGAUUGCUUUCAGUAAAGAAAACUACAGUAUAUCGUUUCUGGCUUGUGGGAAGGAGCAUGCUUAUAUCGCCCUGUUUUCAUUUGACAUAGAAUUCCUAGCUUUGUCUAAUAAUUAAGCCAAAUUUCACAGUUCGUUUUUAGUCUUGUAUCCAUUUUGAGAUCUGGCAGCUGCUGUUUUUACAAGGAAUAAAGAAUAAAUUGCAUUUUGAUGGUUAAUACAAGUUUCCUUUUAAUAACCUCAUAAGAAAGUAAGAUGUGUCUCUGUGUGGUUUGUUUCUAUGUUUUGAUAUUUCACUGAGUAAAUUCUUUUUACACUUUAAGACCAGCAUAGCCCUUAGAAUCUAGGUUUGCAGGAUCCUUAUCCAGUAAUGUCAGGCUGAUGUGGAUUUUAGAAGAAAAAAACUAACAGCAAGAUAGUGUCUUAUGAGAAUGCUUUGGAAAAGUGCAGAAUAAGUAUUUAUACAUUUAGCACACAAUCUUUUAAGCUAAGCAAAGUUUCAGUGAGUCUUGCACCAGAAGGAGUGCUUAAGAGUUUCAGCCAGUAUGACUACUGAGCUCACAUAGUUACUACUUACUCCACAGUAAAUUCAAGUGCAAGGAUUGCAACAUUUUGUAUGCACAAGUAUAAUGCAUGCUGGCAUUCUGUAGGUUUUCAAAUUAAUUGCAUCAAUCUCCUCCCACCCCAUGCCAAUCAAUCUCCAAACACUGUAAAAUAUUUUGUAUGUUUUACAUUUCUCAGUUGUGAAUUAAGGGUGAAAGAAAGCUUUAGAGCUGCAUUUCUAUCCCUACCCCCAAUAUCUAAUAUAAUUUUAUCCAUGCUAAAUGGGACCUCCCCGUAAAUAUUUAUAUAAGAGUUUUGAAAUACCAUUUUUGAUACAAAUAAAUUGCAUAAACUAACGUGCUCUAGCAGAAGUAAUGGUAGUAGUAAUAAAAAAUGUGUGCCAGCUUCCAGUCUUACCCUCCAAAGGCCCUAUGGCAGAAAAAUCACAACAGGGAUACCAUAUCCAUGAAAUGAGAACUGUAGCUUUCCCAGAGAUGUCUAAAAGCUGGAUUUACAAAGCUAGCCAUAAUCGCAUGAUAAGAGAUAAGAUGGGCAAUUAUCAAGCAGUGAGAUAGUAUAUUGCAGGUUUUUAAAUCUAUGGUGAUGCUCCUCCAUAUUCGAUCACAUCUAGGAGAGUUAAGCAUGCUCUUAGCAGUACAAUCCUAUAACUCUUUACUCUGAAGUAAGCCCAUUGAGUUACUGACAAUAGAAUUGCAACCUGGGGUUCCCAAACUAAAAUUAGUGCGACUUAAAAGUGUUUCAAUUUGGGUUCUGUAACUUGGAUGAUGACAAAUAUUUUUAGGUUUUCAAAGUGUCCAGAUUUUAAAUGCUGUAUGCAGGACAGGAUUAAAGUGGUACUAUUUUGAACACAAUAUUUUUUUUUAUUAAAAAAAGAUUAUUAUGACUGGAAACCUUGAUUGGAAUAUGUGUACACUUUCAUAUACUUAAAAUGUUUUGUAAAUGUAUAAAACCUAUGUUUACCAUGACAGCCAUCAUGCUUUAAAGUAUAUUACUAAGAAGAGUUUGGAAUAUCAGUUUUAUACCUUUUUACAGGGGUUUUUGUAUUUGCAGAGAUGUAUAUUGCAAUUUAUAACUUCAGACAUGGCUGUUUGAUGUAUUUUGUAAUUCUCAUUGUCCAAACGAAUCCAUCCACUGUUGAAUAAUUUGCUUAAUAAAAAAGAAAAAUAAGUUCUCAAGAAAAAACUAAUGCACUCUGAAAUGUGAUUGCUGCCUCACCAUACGUAUGUUACCAGUAAAUCGCAAAACAUAGCAACACACAACCAAAAUAUACAAAAGUUUAAAGUUUGAAAUAUUUACUGUUUUUUAAAUAAAUGGUUGUACUUAUUGUCAAACAUUGCAAAACAUCAAAAUAGACAAAAUGAGUGGGUUUGUAUUUUAUUUUUGAAGGGAGAGAGCUUAAGGAAGGUAAGACUCAGCAUGACUGUUACCAUUUGACUGUUCACGUAAUAUUUUUUUUGAGUAACUCAUGCAGAAGUCUGUCAACAAUAAGUUGUAUUCAGUGCUCUGCAUGCAUAGUUCUGCUGGCUCCUUCCCCUGUGUGUUCCCAAAAUCUUUUCUGGAGUGUCCUCUUCUGGAGGGGACAGAGGAGGAAAUUCCAUUGCAUUACAGAAGUACAUUGCAGCAGUGGAACUGCAGCACUGGAUACUGCUCGUCACUUUUAAGAACUUGCACAGUCAUUUUGGAAUUUGAUAGGUGAUGACAAAGACUGGCUCCUUUGAAUUUUCACCUGCUUCCGCCCAUGGUAAGUCAAAGCACUGAAUACACUUCCAAAGACCAAACCCAUCUUUUGGUACAGUCUUUCUCAUCCUGGUGCCUUCUGGAUGUUUUGGACUCCCAAUUCCCAAAAUUCUUGUCCCUUGGCCAUGCUGGUGGCUGCUGAGGGGGGGUUACAGUCCAAGAGCAUCUGGAGGAUUGGUCUAGAACAUGACAUUUCCUUGAGUAUUGGUUAGCGAAGGCAUCUCCAAAGAUAAAUCCAGGCUGAUAAUCAGCCGAUGGGUGUUCAUGUACAUAGCAGUGCCAUUAUGUCACCAGUUGAAAUGGCGCUUAAGCAUGCCAUGGGCUUUCCCCCUUCUCAGACACAUUCUUAAAUUGAUGUUUUGAGUCCAAUACAUUCACCUGCCUUGGAAGCUGUGCUGAAGUUGUUUGAUAAAAUUGUAUCUGGAGCACCUCCUAACAUGAUCAAUGAAA